AUGCGAAAGACCUACGAAUCGACAAGUAGACUAAGUAAGAAGAUGAAGUCUUACAAGAAAAGAAUUUUGGAUCCUGGAACAAAACUGGAUGUAGUCAAGGAUGAUGAUAAUCUUGAGAACAUUGACGACUAUUGGAGAACAGCGGAAUCAGUUCUUAAGGAUGAUACUACAAUUGAAGUAGACGAGACAUCAGUGUAUAAAAGUGAUACGGGAGGGGAAGAUGAAAAUGAAGAGCCAAAUGCCCAGAGCGACACUCUUUUUGACAUAAAGACUAUAAGAGAAAGCCUAUCGGCUAAGAAUCGAGACGUUUUUCUUUCUUCUUCUAGAGAGUCAUUGGAAACAAACAGUAUUCUUGAAAAUAAGAGGCUUUCGAGCUCUUUUGAAAGGAUUGAAGAUAAGCCUGAAGGGCAGCCAAAGAGCCCUGAGGAUGGAAAAGAGUUUUCUGGAGAAUUCUACACAGAAAUAAGUUCUAGAGGAGAAGAAUUGAAUGAGUAUGACGACGAUCGAUGCUCGCCGAAUGAAAUGGGGAAGGACCAAGGGAUAAGUCCUGCAAAGGAGAUGAAGGACAGAUACAGAAAAAGACUUCAAAGCCUUGGGAAGGGAGUAGAGAAAUCUACAGCGAGAAAAAGCAUAAUUGAGCCCAAGGAAAUAUAUGAGUACAAAGGAGAAACUAUCUACAACUCCGAGGGAAAAAAGGUGGCGGUAACAAACAUAUCCGCGCUGUACAGAGGAAGAAGCGCUUUUGAGCCUCUUGUAGCAUCGACAAUGCUUGAAACAGCUAUUUUGUUUCUAAACAAUCUGGCCUUUAUAAAACCUGAAAAGGCGGUUUGCAACUUUUCGAUAUUUAUGAUAAAAGGAACUGUAUGCAUAGAGAUGGGACAUGACAAAGUGAUUCUGAAAAGAGGGAGUAUUUGCAUUAUCGAGAAGGGUGAUGUUUAUUCCAUUAGCAACUCCUUUGGAACCAGGUGCACUAUAUUGUUGACCUAUUCCAUUGUCUGA